AUGAUUUUCUUCUCCUUCUCUUCUGAUUACGUCCAAUCAAAACUCAACACCGUCUCUCAUCUUCUUCUGAUCUUCCUCGUUCUUGGUGCGAUUUCAUCUCAUCUUCUUACGCGCCAGUCGAUACCAAUACAUCACCGUCUUAGCACCAUGGUUUUUCUUCUUUGUGCUUUACGUUCAUGUUCAUUGAGUCGUGUUGCUGAUCAGGUUGUAGGAGAUGAAGAUGAACUGUUGAUGAUGAUGAUUGAAGAAAGAUGCAGAGAAAAAAAGAUAGUUGAAAUUGUAGAUGCUUGCAGUAUAAAGGUUGAUGGUGAAAAAGGGAGUGCAGAGGAAGUUGCAGGGAGAGAAUGGAGAUUGAGAGUGAAUGUUGAAGACGAUGUUGAAGGUCUUGAUGCAAUUCAGAGAGAGUGCAGGCAUGUUACCUGA